AUGUUAACAGUAAGUGUGGUGCUGGUAUUUUUUGUGGUGUCUUUGCUGUUUAUGCAGUUUCUGAAAUUGCAAUGGAUGUGGAGACAAUUUCCUCCUGGACCAGCUCCAUACGCCUUGUUCGGAAAUCUGCUGCAGAUGAACUUCCAAUUUCAUCAUAAGAUCCUUAAAAAGAUGGCCAAAAUCCAUGGUAAACUCUUCACUUUGUGGCUUUCAAACAUUCCUGUAGUUGUUCUGCAAGGGUUUCAGGCAGUGAAGGAAGGUCUGACUGCUGAAGAUGUUGCUGGAAGGCCAAUGAGCAAUUGCUUCCAUGUUUUCACUCACGGAAAUGGUGUUAUGUUCUCUAAUGGUCGUCUCUGGAAGCAAGAGAGGCGUUUUGGACUUGCAACAAUGAGGAAAAUGGGAGUAGGGAACAAAGUCCAGGAGUAUCGACUACAAGAGGAGGCCCGUCACCUGCUGGAAUACUUACAGAAAACAACUGGAAAGCCUCUGGACCCCGCUAUGCCUAUUGUUGUUACUGUCUCAAAUGUGAUGUGUUCUGUGAUUUUUGGACAUCGCUUCUCUGAUGAUGAUGAAAAUUUUCACUGCUUGAUCAAAUCCUUUGAUACUACAACAGCAUUUGGGAACAGCAUCUAUUUUUUCGUACAUGAAAUGUUUCCCUGAUUUGCAAGCCGCUUCCUAGCACCAUCUAAACAGGCUAUGUCCAGCAUAAAUUUUGUGAACACUCUAUUAGCAAAGGAACUUGAAAGCCACAAAGAAAAAGGAAAAGCAGAUGAAAAUCAAGAUUUUAUUGAUUAAUACCUGGCUGAAAUAGAUAAAACUAAAGGAGAUGCUGAUGCUACUUACGACGAAGGAAACUUGAUCCAGACUGGUUUUGACCUCUUUCUGGCAGGUACAGAAACUACAGCCACCACUUUACGUGGGGCAUUGCUGUAUAUGGUGGUUUAUCCUGAUGUUCAAGAGAAAGUCCAGAAGGAGCUGGACGCUGUUCUGGGUUGUUCCCAUUUAAUUUGCUACGAGGACAGGAGAAAGUUGCCCUAUACAGACGCUGUCUUUCACGAGAUCCAGCGAUACAGUAAUGUAAUCUUAAUUGCGCUUCCCAGACAGAGCGUGCAGGACACGGAGCUGCUGGGAUUCCCUGUUCCAAAGAACACCGUAAUUUUAGCAAAUACUGACUCUGUUCUGUUUGAUCCUGGAAAACGGGAGACACCUGAUCAGUUCAACCCAGGCCACUUUCUGGAUGAAGAUGGAAACUUUGUAAACAGAGAAGAAUUCUUACCGUUUUCAAUAGGGCAGCAUGUAUGUAUGGGAGAGCUGUUGGCAAGGAUGGAGCUCUUUAUUGCCUUUUCCACCCUGUUACAGGCAUUCAGGUUCACCCUGCCAGAGGGAGUGAAAGAAGUCAAUAUGAAGUGUGUUUUUGGGAGUACAAUGAGGCCACCUCCCUACCAGCUCUGUGCCAUUCCUUUGUAG